AUGGGUUGUUUUGGCAAGCGAAGCUCUGAAAAGAAACCAAACCCAUAUCAAACACCUGCUGGAGGAGCUAAUCCUAAUCAUAAAGUUCAUGGCGGUGGAGAUAAAAAAAGCAAAAGUCGCAGCAAAGGUAGCCGCGGUCGUGCAGAUAGAGCAGAUCUGUAUGUUGAUGCUGCAGGCUCUGUCAGUGAAGCCUGUAUUAGUAUUAUUCAAGCUUGUUGCGCAUGUUGUCAAGGCGGAGGAGACGGAGGAGACGGGGGAGAUGGAGGAGACGGGGGAGAUGGAGGAAACGGAGGCGGCUGUUGA